AGAAAGCUCAUGAACUUUUGCCCAUGCAGUAGAGCAGAGGGAAGCAACACCAUGGGCAGCAUGAGCAGAGCACCAUGUCCCCAUUGGGGCAGCUGCUGGUAACCUCUGCAGAGCUGUCCUCUGCAGAGCCACGCUGAGAAGCUGCAGCAGGCUGAGAGGAAGGCAAAGAAAACCAGCAAAGAACCAGAAAAGACUCACAUGGAAAGGUCUUGAGUGUUCAGUGGAUCAGAACCGUGUCUACAUUCCGAGGUUGGAGAGGACAAUGUCUGAGAAGAUCAAGAAGGCGCUCACAACUCAAUGCAGCACCAUGAAGGAGCUGCUGGCAGAAACACUGGGAACGUUCAUCCUCAUGGUUUUUGGCUUGUCCUCUGUGGCACAAGUGGUAUUAGGAAAAGGAAACACUGGUCAGUAUCUGAGCAUCAAUAUGGCAUUUGGCAUUGGUGUUACUCUGGGAAUCCAUGCAUCUGGAGGAGUAUCUGGAGGUCAUCUGAAUGCUGCCAUCACCAUUAUGGAGUACAUUUUAGGAAACCUCACCUGGAAAAAGCUCAUAGCUUAUCUGAUCGGCCAGUUCCUGGGCUCCUUUAUGGCAGCAGCCACCGUCUUUGGCCUCUACUAUGAUGCUCUGUAUGACUACACCAAAGGGAACUUCACAGUGACAGGACCAAUUGCCACUGCACCGAUCUUCGCCACUUACCCCGCUCCCAAUGUAUCCUUGCUGGGGGCCUUCUUUACAGAGUUCACAGCGACAGUUAUGCUGGUCCUGGGUGUACAGGUCAUCCACGAUGAGAAAAACAAUGCAGCCCUGAAAGGCACUCAGCCCCUGAUCACCGGUAUCCUGGUCCUGGGCAUCGGCCUGGGAAUGGGGAUGAACACAGGCUAUGCCAUAAACCCUUCCCGGGACCUGCCCCCCAGGGUCUUCACGGCAAUUGCUGGCUGGGGAAUAGAAGUCUUCACGGCUGGACAUAACUGGUGGUGGGUACCAGUCACAGCUCCAGUUCUGGGAAGUCUUAUUGGUGUUUUAAUGUACAAACUCUUCGUUGACUUUCACAACCAAACUGAUGAGGAAAUUGAAAAUAAGAAAGAACAGAGAGGUGUGGAGACUUCCAAGCUGUGAUGACCAUGUGCUUCGAUGACACACAGGAGGAGCACACCGUUUGUCCAACAUGCAGAUGAGGGACUAGUCUUCAGUAAAUCCACUCUGCUUAACCAGACAAACUUGGUCUCUGAGAUAUUGGGCAGACCUGGGUGGGGUUAGACCUGACUGUGACCUGAAGAAAUUAUUCAAUCUCUCUGUUUAAAAAUCUACCAAAAAAACCCAAACCCAAAUGCAAUCAUCACAUUCUGAAGAAAAGCAAAGUAGAACUGCAAGACUCCAGAUACCUAUAUAUUCAUAUAGAUCAAAAUACAGGAAUCAACAAUGGCAGAAAAAAUGUGAUUAAGUUUAUUAACAUAGAACUUUGGUCUGGAAUAUUCUUUGGUAAGAGGUAGAUACCACCCUACCAAAGGAUAGUUUGGCAGAGCACAGACAAGAGAAAAGUAAGGACAGUCUAAAAUAGAAACAUGAACUUUUUUUUUUCCCCAU